AUGAAUUGAAUCGACGAAAGGUUUUUCGAGCUUGAAAGAUGUCAUUAAAAGUGCCUACAGCAGCGGGUCCGCAACUAUUCAAAGAUGGGUACAAGCAAUCGUCAGGGUUGGAGGACGCGGUACUGCGCAACAUCCAAGCAGUGACUGAAUUAUCGGAUUUAAUACGAACAAGCUUUGGUCCAAAUGGCCGGAAUAAGCUCGUCGUCAAUCACCUCGGCAAGUUAUUCGUGACGUCGGAUGCAGCCACCAUUAUUCGCGAGAUCGAGGUAGUCCAUCCCGCAGCAAAGUUGUUGGUGAUGGCUUCUCAGGCCCAGGAAGCGGAGAUGGGUGAUGCAACGAAUUUUGUUCUGAUUUUUGCCGGAGAAUUAUUGAAGAAGGCAGGAAGCUUGUUAACGAUGGGUCUUCACCCAAGUGAAGUCAUUCAGGGUUACGAAUUGGCGCGUACUCGAGCAGCUGAAGAGUUAGAGAAACUCUCCGUUUACACCCUCCCACAAAAGCUUGCGGUCGGUAGCCUAAAGACCGCCCUUAAACCUGCGAUCGCCUCGAAGCAUUAUGGAUCCGAAGAAAUAUUGUCUUCAUUGGUUGCAGAAGCUGCAGUUGCUGUGAUGCCACCUGUACCAGCAAACUUUAACGUUGAUAACGUCCGAGUGGUGAAGAUAAUGGGAGGCAGCUUGAGUUCAAGUAAAGUAGUGAAUGGGAUGGUCUUUGGGAGAGAGCCUGAAGGGAUGAUCAAGAAGGCCACAAAGGCUAAGGUUGCCGUAUACACAAGUGGCAUCGAUAUAUCUCAAACAGAAACAAAGGGGACUGUGCUGCUAAAGAGUUCGGAUGAAUUGCUCGACUUCACGACGGGAGAGGAGAAACACGUGGAAAAGAUUCUGAAAGAAAUUGCGGACUCUGGUGUGAAAAUCGUCGUUGCUGGAUCUGGUGUCGGUGAACUAGCCCUCCACUAUCUUGAUCGCUUCUCAAUCGCCGUCGUCAAAGUUCUCUCCAAGUUUGAACUCCGUAGAUUAUGUCGCGUCAUCGGUGCCACCCCUCUCGCUCGUCUAGGUGCUCCCACACCCGAAGAGGCGGGUACCGUGGACCUGAUGGAAUGCAUCGAAAUCGGUGGGGAUCGAGUCACCGUCUUCAGCCAAGAUGGAUCCGGCGAAAAGUCCCGUAUGGCAACGAUCGUGCUUCGUGGCGCUACGGCCAACCUUCUCGAUGAUCUUGAACGUGCUAUAGACGAUGGUGUCAACGUCAUCAAGUCCCUCGUCAAGGACAACCGGAUGGUGGCCGGGGCAGGCGCUACAGAACUAGAGCUCGCCAAGCGUGUAGAGUCGUAUGGUGCGAGUCUCAGUGGACUGAAUCAACAUGCUGUAAAGCGAUAUGCUAGUGCCCUUGAGGUGGUUCCUACCACUUUAGCAGAGAAUGCGGGAUUGAACACCACGGAAGUGAUCAGCAAACUGUAUGCUCGGCAUGAGCAGCCGAAGGGCCACACAUGGGGCGUGGACGUAGAGGGUGAAUCGGAGGGCGUCCUUGAUACCACACCAUUGCAAAUAUUUGACUCGCUGGCAGCGAAGUCAUGGGCGCUGGAGCUCGCCACUGAGGCAGCUAUCACUGUAUUACGGGUCGACAGCAUUAUCGUGUCGAAACCGGCGGGCGGACCCAAAGUUCCUCAGCAAUCCGCAAACUGGGACGAAGAUGAUUAGGCUACCAAAGACCCUCUCAUGUAUUAUUUAUUAUGAUCAACUCCUGCUCAAAUUUCCGCCCUGAAAUUGAUGACCUCAUUGACGAUCUACGUAUUUUUCCUGCUUGCGAUUCGAAGGCACAUUGUUAUUGCGGAGGACACACAUUUAGCUAACUUUCACGAACGAUUGCCGGUUUGAUGACAGCGUUGAUAAAGAAGGGUAACGAUGAAAUAUGGAGUAAGAAUGCAGGGUGAAGUACCCGCUCUAAAUAGAGGGGACCAAGAAAAGGAAAGCUGGGAAGACAUGGCGUGUGUAAAAGAGAUUCUGGACCAAGAAAAUGAUAAGUAUGUGAGCACUAGCCCACAAGGUAAACGAUGGGAGUGUGUUUUGUGAGAGCUUUACCACGGGUUGGCAAAUGGACCGCGUGGCAUGGCACGACCGCGACCACGUCCACGGCUGCGUCCGCGACGGUUGGCAGGCUCCCGACUGCCAUCCUGCUGCUUUUGCAGUUCUUUCUCU